AUGUCACUGGCGAAGUGGAAAUUGGACCUAACAAGUGCAGGAACACGGACAGUGAGUCGUGCCUUGGAUUCAUCCUUAAAUCCGCCUGGUUAUUCACAAACCGGAACUACUGUUCAACAGAUAGAACAGACUGGAGACAAUGAGCAAACACAUCAUUUGAUGAAGAAACGUGCCUGGGAUAUGGCAUUGCAACCUAUCAAGAGUUUACCGAUGAAUCUUUUCAUGAUGUAUAUGUCCGGCAAUACAAUCAGUAUAUUUCCUAUUAUGAUGAUCGCGAUGAUGGCUUGGCGUCCUGUUAAAGCAUUGAUGAGUGUUAACCCAGCAUUUAAACCUUUACAGGAUGAACAUAUGGGAUCACUUUUACUACAUAAAUUGAUUUUCGUGCUUGGAAAUAUGAUAGCGAUAGCAAUGGCUCUGUACAAGUUACAUAGUAUGGGAUUGUUGCCCAAUCAUGCAUCAGAUUGGCUCGAUUUCCAGCUGCCACCUCAACGAAUGCAGUAUUCUCUUGUUUCUGAUUCAUAUGUCUCAUGA